AAAAGUUACAUUAAAGGACUGUUGUACAUAGACAUACUUUAAAAUGUAAAUUCAUUAUUUUGAUUUGUAUGUAAUCACCUAAUAGAAUAUGUAAAAAGACAGUAAGUAUUAUCUCAGAGACUCAGACCGUCGUGUCUUGAAUCUAUGUAAAAUGUUUCGUGUGCCCACCGUUCUCAUACUUCCGGUCCCGCGUCCCAUCCUGUCAGCACUACUGUCAAUUUCGUACACACAUAAUUCCAUUAUUACAGUCAGUACACUAACUAGGAGCGGAUAUACGUCUCCCUCCUUGUAGGUAGGUACGGGUUGUGGCCAGAAAUGAAAGGCCAUAGCAUAUUUAGCCUCACGAUCCAUCCAUCCCCAUAUCCCCUUUCGCAGCCUCGUCAUUACUACUAAAACAAAUCUGUUACUCCCAAUUCCUCUGCUUCCCACAGCCACGUCCUAGAAUGAAAGAGGCAAACCAAGGAGCCGGCGACAGAGAGUCGCGGCGCACAGUCGUCAUGUACCCUGCGCCCGGCGCGGGCCAUUUGAUCCCCACGGUGGAGUUUGCCAGGCUGCUCGUGUCGCAUGGCCUCGCGGUCAUCGUCGUUCAGCGUGGCCUUCCGGCCGGCAACGCCACCGUUCCCGCCUCCUCCCUGUACGGCAACGGCGACGCUUCAGCCAGCCCCUUUCUCUCUUUCCACUACAUCCCGGAGCCGCCACUCCCGCACGGGAUGCCGGAGGGCGACCAUGUGGGCAAGGUUUUCGAGCUCAGCCGCGCCUCCAACCCCGAGCUCCGUGAUUUCCUCCGCGCCACCGCCCCGGCGGCCCUCCUGCUCGACUUCUUCUGCUACAGCGCCGCCGAUGUCGCGGCAGAGAUCGGCAUCCCGACGUAUUUCUUCUUCCUGGGUUGCACGGCCAGCCUUGCGGUACUGCUCCACCUGCCCGUCAUCCACGGGCAAAACGCUGUGAACUUGGGUGACCUCGGCGGCGAGCCCGUGAAGGUGCCGGGCGUCACUCCCAUACCGGCGCACGACCUCCCCGCUGCUUUCCUCGACCGGAGCAGCGUGAGCUACAAGCAUUUCCUCGCCGUGUCCCAACAGCUGUGCCAGUCGCAUGGCGUUAUCGUCAACAGCUGCCGCUCCCUGGAGCCGCGCGCCACCGACGCCGUCGCCGCCGGCCUCUGCGCGCCCCCGGGGCGCACGACACCGCCUUUGUUCUGCAUCGGCCCGGUGGUGAAGUCCGAGGAGGUGGCUGAGAAGCAAGGCGAAGAGUGCCUUGCGUGGCUAGACACGCAGCCGGAGGCCAGCGUGGUGUUCCUCUGCUUCGGCAGUAUGGGCCGGUUCAGCGCCGAGCAGAUCAAGGAGAUGGCGGCGGGGCUGGAGAUGAGCGGGCAGCGGUUCCUCUGGGUCGUACGCAGCCCGGCGGGCGGCAACGGCAACGGCAACGAGCAUCCCGGCGAGCCGGAGCUGGACGUGCUCCUCCCGGAUGGCUUCCUGGACAGGACCAAGGACAGAGGGCUGGUGGUCAUGUCGUGGGCGCCGCAGCGGGAGGUGCUCGCCCACGGAUCGGUGGGCGGGUUCGUGACCCACUGCGGGUGGAACUCGGUGCUGGAGGCGGUCAUGGCGGGCGUGCCGAUGCUGGGGUGGCCGCUGUACGCGGAGCAGCGGAUGAACAAAGUGUUGUUGGUGGAGGGAAUGCAGCUAGGCGUGGCGGUGGAACGAGGCGAGGAUGGCUUCGUGACGGCAGAGGAGAUCGAGAGGAAGGUGACUUGGCUGAUGGGUUCUGAUGGCGGGAGGGAGCUUCGGGAGCGUACUCUGGCGGCCAUGAGAGGGGCAAGGGAGGCCCUGAGCGACGGUGGGGAUUCCAGGGCGGCACUGCUGCAGCUCGUGCAAAGGCUGAGCGCCCCCGAUGUGACGGAGGAGAGUGUUUGCCAGCUGUAGCUUGUGCAACCGUGAAUGAACAGGCUCUUUUUCUUUUCGAAUCAAUGAUUACGAAAAACUGUCUUUAUAUAUGACAAAACCUAAUAAAGCGACAGAUUUGCUA